AUCUUCCAAGAGUCCUUGUGGUAGUUAGGUUUUACAAGUUUGGAACUUGGAUGUGUUGUCAAAUUAUCCAUUAUUGAGAUUUCAAAGAUUAGUUGCUAUGAUAUGGUCUCCUGAUCUCAAUUCUAUAUUAAGUUAUAUUUGACAAAGAUUUUAUUCAAAAAAAGUGUCUAAGGUCUGCAAAUGUCACUCUUCACUCCAGAUUCUGGAAGAUAGACCAGUUUCAGAACUCAAAUUCAUGUGCUUUUUUUCUACCAGGAAAUUAUUUCAAGUUCUACAAUGCCAUAAAAAGUGCCUAUCCUGACAUCAAAAUAAUCACAAACUGUAAUGAGUCUUCUCAUUCUUUGGAUCACCCAGCUGAUUCCUAUGAUUUUCAUUCAUGGGAUUUUCUAUUUUUCAGGCUUUUGUGAGCGAGGAUGUGUGAGUGGAAAAGAUGCGUGCACAGGAAGUCUUUCAGCUGCACUCACUGAAGCUGGCUUCCUCACUGAGCUGGAAAAGAACAGCAAUAUUGUGGAGAUGGCAAACUGUGCACCACUUUUGGUGAAUCACAAUGAUAGGAGGUGGACUCUAGAUGCAAUUGCCUUCAACUCGUCAAAGCACUAUGGAAAUCCGAACUACUGGGUGCCAAAGUUCUUCAUAGAGUUGAGGGGAGCAACUCUUUUUGAUGCUAAGCUACAGACAAAUUUCUCUACACUUAUUGCAUCUGCAAUUACUUUGCAAAAUUCUAAUGGUGAAACUUACCUGAAAUUAAAGACGAGGAUUAUGAAGCACUGGCUUGCGCUGAUAAAGUGCACAAGAUUUUACCUCACAAGUCCCUGGGAAAUUCAAGCUCCGUCUGUAAUAAAAACUCAGUUGCUCAUGAGAAAAUAACGGAUAAUUGGUGUGUUCUUCAGCCAGGAAUCCAGAAGAUUUGUUACACAAUAAUAGGUUUAACAGUUUUAUUAAUGAAAGUUUAUGUCGGUAUUUACCCUA